AUGGCCGGGGCGCGCCCGGGGGUCCACGCGCUGCAGCUGGAGCCGCUGCGGGUCCCCGAGACCCUGAUCCGGGGCAGCAAGUUCAUCAAAUGGGACGAGGAGCCUACAACCCAGACUCUGGUGACGCUGCGGGUCGACCCCUUGGGAUUCUUCCUCUACUGGAAUGCGCCUCACAUGGAAGUUGACAUCUUGGACAUCAGCUCCAUUCGAGACACGCGGACUGGGCGCUAUGCCAGAGUCCCAAAGGACCCCAAGUUGCGGGAGAUGCUGGGAUUGGGGGGCUCAGAGCCGCGGCCCGAGGAGAACCUGCUGACUGUGGUGCAUGGCCCAGACCUCGUCAACAUCAGCUUCCUGAACUUCAUGGCAGUGCAGGAGGACGUGGCCAAGGUCUGGACCGAGGAGCUGUUCAAACUGGCUAUGAACAUUCUGGCCCAAAAUGCAUCUCGCAACACCUUCCUGCAGAAAACCUACACCCGGCUCAAACUCCAGGUGAACCAGGAGAGCCGGAUCCCAGUGAAGAACAUCUUGAAGAUGUUCUCGGCUGAUAAGAAGCGUGUGGAGACAGCUCUGGAGUCCUGUGGCCUUAACUUCAAUCGGAGUGAGUCGAUCAAGCCGGACGAGUUCACCCUGGAGAUCUUCGAGCGCUUCCUGAACAAGCUCUGCCUGCGCCCCGACAUCGACAAAAUCCUGCUGGAGAUUGGGGCGAAGGGGAAGCCCUACCUGAGCCUGGACCAGCUGAUGGAUUUCAUCAACCAGCGGCAGCGGGACCCGCGGCUGAACGAGGUGCUGUACCCUCCCCUCAGCCGUGCCCAGGUGCGCCAGCUGAUCGACAAGUACGAGCCCAACCGCCAGUUCCUGGAGCGUGACCAGAUGUCCAUGGAGGGGUUCGGGCGCUACCUGGGGGGGGAGGAGAACAGCAUCGUCCCCCCUGAAAAGCUGGACCUGAGCGAUGACAUGAGCCAGCCACUGAGCAGUUACUUCAUCAAUUCCUCCCACAACACCUACCUCACAGCGGGCCAGCUGACGGGGAACUCCUCGGUGGAGAUGUAUCGACAGGUGCUGCUGAGCGGCUGCCGCUGCAUUGAACUUGACUGCUGGAAGGGGCGGCCCCAGGACGAAGAGCCCUUCAUCACGCACGGCUUCACCAUGACAACCGAGAUCCCUUUCAAGGAGGUGAUUGAGGCCAUCGCUGAAAGCGCUUUCAAGACCUCCCCAUUCCCCGUCAUCCUGUCCUUUGAGAACCACGUUGACUCGGCCAAGCAGCAGGCUAAGAUGGCCGAGUACUGCCGCAGCAUCUUUGGGGAUGCUCUACUGAUCGAUCCCCUGGAGAAGUACCCGCUGCAACCGGGCGUGGUGCUGCCCAGCCCCCAGGAGCUCAUGGGCCGCAUCCUGGUGAAGAACAAGAAGCGGCGGCAGCGGCGGGCGAGCAAGGGCCCCGAGGGGAGCAGCAUCCGCAAGCGCCUGCUGGAGUCCACAGUGAGCGACGCGGGGCCAGGCCUCGGGGAUCUGCCCUCGCCCCCACCGGGCUCCCACUAUGUCGAGCAGCACAAGGGGGCCACCCCUCCGGUCAUUGCCAACGGGGAGGAGAAGGCGCCACCGGAGAGACUGGCCAAGCUGGCAGAGCCCCGUAAAUCCAUUGACCGGGAGGCUGACAGCGAAGAGGAGGAGGAGGAAGAGCAGCCAGACCCCAAGAAGCCCACAACAGAUGAGGGCACGGCCAGCAGCGAGGUUAAUGCCACCGAGGAGAUGUCCACACUGGUGAAUUACAUCGAACCCGUCAAAUUCAAAUCCUUCCAGGCCGCCAGCAAGCGGGACAAGUCCUUCGAGAUGUCGUCCUUCGUGGAGACCAAGGGGCUGGAGCAGCUCACCAAGAGCCCCAUGGAGUUUGUCGAAUACAACAAGAAGCAGCUAAGCCGCAUCUACCCCAAGGGCACACGGGUCGACUCCUCCAAUUACAUGCCCCAGCUCUUCUGGAACGCCGGCUGCCAGAUGGUGGCACUCAACUUCCAGUCCCUCGACUUGCCAAUGCAGCUGAACCUGGGCAUGUUUGAGUACAACCGGCGCAGCGGGUACCUGCUGAAGCCCGAGUUCAUGAGGCGUGAGGACAAGCCCUUCGACCCCUUCACUGAGAACAUCGUGGACGGCAUUGUGGCCAACACGGUCAAGGUCAAGAUAAUCUCGGGGCAGUUCCUGUCAGACAAGCGGGUGGGCAUCUAUGUGGAAGUGGACAUGUUUGGCCUCCCCGUCGACACCAAGCGCAAGUUCCGGACACGCCCGUCCCAAGGGAACUCCUUCAACCCCGUCUGGGAUGAGGAGCCCUUCGUCUUCCCCAAGGUGGUGCUGCCCACGCUGGCAUCCCUGCGCAUUGCUGUGUUUGAGGAGGGGGGUAAAUUUGUCGGGCACCGGAUCCUGCCUGUCUCAGCCAUCCGGUCUGGGUACCACUACAUCUGCCUGCGCAGUGAGAGCAACCAGCCACUGAGCCUGCCCGCCCUGCUGGUCUACACAGAAGCCAAUGAUUAUAUCCCAGACGACCACCAGGACUACGCAGAGGCCCUGAUCAACCCCAUUAAACACGUCAGCCUCAUGGACCAGCGGGCAAAACAGCUGGUGGCGCUGAUUGGAGACAGCGAGGAGAAUGCAGAGAAGCCACGGGAAACACCUGGGAAGCAGCGAGCUGAUGUGGUGGCCGAGCCCUCCACGGACCCCCGACAGCCACCCGCUGUCCUGCUGCCCCCCACCGGCAGCCCCAGUGUCGCCAGCCCAGGGCAAAGGGAUGACCUCAUUGCCAGCGUCCUCGCAGAGGUGGCCCCCCAGUCCCUGGAGGAGCUGCGGCAGCAAAAGGGCUACAUCAAGCUGCUGAAGAAGCAGUACCGGGAGCUGAAGGAGCUACGCAAGAAGCACAUGAAGAACAUCUCCAGCCUCAACAAGAAGCAGAGCACCCGGGCCAACCAGCUGCACAGCGACAGCCUCCGGCGCCGCUCCCAAGUGGAGCGGAGCCUGCGCCGUGGGCACCAGGAUGCCAACGGCUCACUGGAGGCACUGGAGCAAGAGGUGUUUCGGCAGAAGCUGGAGCUGCAGGAAGGGCAGAUGCGGGGACUGCUGCAGCUGCGGGAAACCCAGCACCAGCUGGAGAGAGCCCGCAAAAAGGAGCACCUGCAACAGGCCCAGCAGCGGCUGCGGGAAAUUGCCCAGGACUGCCAGGCUGCCCAGCUGAAGAGAGUCAAGGAGACAAGUGAGAGGGAGAAGAAGGAGCUGCAGAAAAUCCUGGACCGCAAGAGGCACAACAGCAUCACAGAGGCCAAAUCCCGGGAGAAGCAGAAGAAAGACGUGGAGCUGACAGAGAUUAACAGGAGACACAUCAACGAAUCAGUGAACUCCAUCCGCAGGCUGGAGGAAGCCCAGAAGCGGCGCCAGGAGAAGCUUGUGGCCGGGCACCAGGAGAUCCUACAGCAAAUAGAGGAAGAGGAGCCCAGGCUGGUGGAGGAGCUGGAGCGGGAGUGCGAGCUGGAGGCACAGGCACUGCCCCAGGAGAUCCGCCGCUUCCUCCAAGCUGAGCUGGAGGUGGGGGUGAGAAAUGGGCACCCCCCUGCUGCCCCUCAAGAAGAGGAGGAUGAGAGCACCGUGCUGUGA